AUGGACGGACCAGCACCGAGGCGGGCUUAUCGGACGGCGAGGGUCCGCGACGCGGCGCCAAGUCGGGCACCCAUAAAGCGGACCCUCUCGCGCGGGAAUUCAUCAGCGGAUCGAUUUAAUUGUGGUGGCGGCGGGGAGCGCGGGGCGUGGAGCGUGGGGCCGUUGCGGGGGCAGGGGUGGUGCGGGGCGGAACACGGAAAGGCUUUCGAGGCGGCGUUUGAAGAGCGCCGCCGGCCGCGCCACACCGCGCGCCUCUCACCACCGACUAAUUUCAGAGUCAAUAAGUCAAUG